CGGUACACGGGGAGUCAGUAGGCUCCUGGCUGCCGUGGGGAGAGGACACGCGCCGCCACCAUGGCCACCCGGCAGAUCAUCAGCAAGGAGACAACCCUAGAACUGAGGAAGAGGCACAUAGGGCCGUCGUGUAAACUGUUCUACAAGGAUGACCCCAUCAAAAUACUACGAGCCUCUGGAGUCUACAUGUACGACGAGCUGGGCGGUAGAUACCUGGACUGUAUUAACAAUGUUUGUCACGUGGGUCACUGUAACCCCUACGUGGUGUCGGCGGCCAUGCAGCAGAUGGCAGCUCUCAACACUAACACAAGAUUCCUGCACGAUAAUAUUGUGCUCUACGCUCAAAGGCUGGUGUCGACCUUCCCGAAGGAGCUGAGCGUGUGCUUCUUCGUCAACUCCGGCAGCGAGGCCAACGACCUGGCCAUCCGCCUGGCCAGGGCCCACACCGGCAGGAGGGACGUCGUCACCUUAGACCACGCCUACCACGGCCACGUCUCCUCCCUGAUCGACAUCUCUCCCUACAUGUUUAAUCGCCCGGGUGGCCAGGGCCAGCAAGACUGGGUCCAUGUCGCGCCCGUGCCGGACGUGUACCGGGGCACGUACAGGGACGACGAGUUCACGGCCGAGGAGUGCGCCGAGAAGUACGCGGACGAGGUGAGGCGCCUGUGUGACGAGGCUGCUCGGCCCGGCGGCGGCGUCGCUCUCUUCGUGGCCGAGUCCAUGCAGAGCUGCGGCGGCCAGAUAGUCUUCCCUCCUGGCUACCUGCGUCGGGUCUACAGUGACGUGCGGGCGGCGGGUGGCGUGUGCCAGGCCGACGAGGUGCAGGUGGGCUUCGGGCGGGUGGGCAGCCACAUGUGGGCCUUCCAGACGCAGGGCGACGACGUCGUCCCCGACAUUGUGACGCUGGGCAAGCCCAUGGGCAACGGCCACCCUGUCUCCGCCGUCGUCACCACAAGAGAAAUUGCUGAAAGUUUUGGAGCCAAAGGAAUGCAGUAUUUCAACACAUUUGGCGGUAAUCCUGUUUCUGCUGCAAUUGCUGACGCUGUGCUUGAUGUCAUCGAGAACGACAAACUUAUGGAAAAUGCAACACGUAUUGGCGACUACGUCAGACGAGAGAUUAAUUCCCUGAGAGAGAAACAUGCCAUUAUUGGUGACGUCCGUGGUCAGGGGAUGUUCCUGGGCGUGGACCUGGUGCUGGACCGGAGGACGAGGGCGCCCGCCACCGCCCAGGCCGCCUACAUCAGCAGAAGGUUGAAGGAGCAGCAUGUGUUGCUGAGCUGUGAUGGUCCACACAGAAAUGUUCUCAAGUUUAAACCUCCUCUUGUCUUUAAUCUUGAUAAUGCCAAAGAGCUUCUUGAGAAGUUGGACAAAAUCAUGACGGAAAUGGAGGCAGCUGAGAAUGAAGUAAAUGGUGUAGGACUAAAGGCAUCCUUCAAUGGAUCAGUUGAACCUUCUCGCCAUAAACCCCAGAUCAACAAUGGCGUACCGAGCGAGGUUCAAGUCAAAGUGUGAUGUCGGCGCCAUUACCCGGAGGCUGUACAAGGGUGUACGUGGCGAGUACUACACAGCAGGAUGUACACUCUUGUAUCUUACCUGAACCAUUAAUGCAGACAAGGGGAAAAUAUUAAUGUUAGUGAUCACCUAAGGCAUAUUGUACACAAGAGUAUACCUAAAAUUAUUGGAUUUAUUGUCAUUUAUGCUGAUAGGUUGUGCCUAGUGUGGGUGCUGGUGGACACCCAGAACUCUGAUAACACAUUAAUUACAAAUUACACAUGAACAUGUUUAUCGAGUAUACAUAUGAAUGUUUAUAGAAUAAACAGCUCAUCCUCUUGUUCAGAUAGAAUUUAUAGUGACGAUGUGAACCAUAGGACAUGUAAUGAAGAAAUGGACAACUAGAAAGUAGAAUUUAGUACUAUUGAAUUUGGACACCGGAAAAGGUUUUUAUUAAUGUUUCCUAAUAAAACUUAACCAUCCUAGUCCUAAUACAUGCUAUCUGAGGUCUAAUAAUAUGUAUACUGUGUAUAUAUAUUAUAUAUAUAUUAUAUACACACACACUAGGCCUAAGAACAUUUAAGCUUGGUUUUUAACUUUUUUUCUGAACUCUAUAUUAUUAAUAGUCUAUAACUCUAUAAUACUCUAUAAUAAUUAAUAUAAGUAUAAUAAUUAAUAGUACCAAAUUCUAUUUAACUGUCCAUCAAGCCAAUGUAUGUAUGAUGGUUGACAGUUAAAAAAAAUAAAGUACUUUUAGAACAGGAGGAUGAGGUGAAAGAUACAUAUGAAUACUUUAUAAAGUAAAAUGGCGACUGAAGUACGAAAAUUGUGAUCAAUCAAACGUUUCCCUCCUAGUUAUGUUGUGAUAUAUAUAUAUAUAUAUAUAUAUAUAUAUAUAUAUAUAUAUAUAUAUAUAUAUAUUAUUUAUCAUUUGUAAUGACGUGUUGGAGGUUGGCGGCAACUCUACUUUAUUGCACAUCAGUCAUUUUUUUUGUUUUUUUUCUCUUGCAUUCAGUUAUAAAUCAUACUUUUUUAUAAUAAUUAUUGUGCAAAUUUUAUCUGUUUAAAAUAGUUGGAAUUAUUUUUUGUAUGGCUUUCGAAAAUUAAUUAAAUUUUGUAAGAUUUUAAUUAAUAGAAAGCACUGUAUUUUUAUUUAUAUUUAUGUAAAUAAAAGUUUAAUCUUGUA